AGAGAGAGGAAAAGAGAGGGCGGGUCGGACGUUGAAAGAGAUUCACACAGCAGAGGCUUCACAGGGUAGACAGCAUCUCUCCGAAUCACACUCACGGGCAAACAGAAAAAGGGGCCGUCACACCAAAAUCCUUAAAACCACAGCAGACAGACGAUCCUUUAGCAGAGAUGGGGCCCGGAUUGUUCUGGAACUUCCCAUCCAAGACUAGCUGCGCGGUUCCACAGAGCCUGCUGCAGACAAUGUUGCUCUCCAGGAUGGCUGGCAUAAAGGAUCAGCAGUUUACUGAAGAGAAACCACUUCUGCCAGAAGUCAGGGGACAAGAACCAGAGAUGGCUAAAGGAGAGUGUGUGCACGCGCUGCCUUGUGCUAAGCCCUCCCCCCAAACGGCUCGCCCCCCCAAACGCUGGCAUUCGAUCGCCCAGCACUGGCUCGGACUCACCCGGCGUCGGACCAGCGGGUACAUCUCGGAAAACUGUGAGACGUUUGUGGAUGCUGGAGAUUGGAAGGAACAUGACAUCGAAACCCCAAAUGGGAUGUUGCAUGUGGUCAUCCGGGGAGCUCCUAAAGGCAAUAAGCCAGCUAUCCUGACCUACCAUGAUGUUGGGCUCAACCACAAGUUGUGCUUCAACUCAUUCUUCCACAAUGAAGACAUGCAGGAGAUCACCAAGCAUUUUGUUGUGUGCCAUGUGGAUGCCCCUGGCCAGCAGAUUGGUGCCGCACAGAUGCCACAGGGGUAUCAGUACCCCACCAUGGAUCAGCUAGCUGGAAUGCUUCCCAGCGUGGUGCAACACUUUGGCUUUAAGAGCAUUGUUGGAAUUGGAGUCGGGGCUGGUGCCUACAUCCUUGCCAAAUUCGCGCUCAUUUUUCCUGAUCUCGUGGAGGGUCUGGUUCUACUCAACAUUGACCCCAAUGGGAAAGGCUGGAUUGACUGGGCUGCCACAAAGCUGUCCGGACUCACCAGCACUCUUCCAGACACUGUUCUGGCCCAUCUCUUUAGCCAGGAGGAGCUUAUGAACAACACAGAGCUGGUGCAGAGUUAUCGCCAACAGAUCAACAACACUGUCAACCAGUUCAACCUCCAGCUCUUCUGGAACAUGUACAACGGCCGCAGGGAUCUGGAAAUGAACCGCAGUGGCUCUGUGUUGAAUGCCAAGACCCUGAGGUGCCCAGUCAUGCUGGUUGUUGGAGACAAUGCCCCGGCUGAGGAGGGCGUGGUUGAAUGCAACUCCAAGCUAGAUCCAACCAACACCACAUUCCUGAAGAUGGCUGACUCUGGUGGAAUGCCUCAGCUUACACAGCCUGGAAAACUCACAGAGGCUUUCAAGUACUUCCUACAGGGGAUGGGUUACAUUGCGUCUAUUAAGGAUCGGAGAAUGAGUGAGGGGCCAGUGCCUUCCGCCAGUAUGACCCGUCUCGCUCGUUCGCGAACAGCUUCUCUGACCAGCGCUGGCUCCGUGGACGGCUCCCGCAACCGCGCAUGCACGCAUUCAGACAGCACCGAGGGUGUCGGGCAGGUCAGCCACACCAUGGAAGUGUCCUGCUGAGCCCUCGUUCAUGUUCUCACACGCACACAUUUAGAGAGACGUGACACAUGGAAGAAGGGCCUGAGAAGAAUGGAGAACUCAUAUUACUUUCAUUCUUUCUUUCUCAGCCAUUCGUUUUCCAUGUACUUUUCUCUCUGUAUUUUUUUCAGUGUUAGCCCACUUAAAGAAACAGUUCACCCAAAAAUACAAAUCUGUCAUCGUCUACUCACGUUAACGUACUUAUGUCCAAGCUUUGUUUAAAAAAUGAUGCACUCAAGAUUUAGUGAAUACUGAUAUAUCACUGAACGGUUCAUUUGUAUGGACAGCUUCUAGUCCGCAUCCACUUUCAUAGUACAGGAGAGAGGAACUCAGACAUUGUGCUUAAAGAAAGUCGUAGAUAUGAAAUGACAUUAGAGUGCGUACUAGAUGACAGAAUUUUCAUUAUUGCCUGAACAAAUUCUUUAACCUGUAAAAUAAAGACGUGCUGUCUUCCCUCUUAGAACAGUGUUCGAUUCUCCCCUUUGUAACACCAUUUAUUUAUCGCUAAGUGUCAGUAUAUCUGCACCCUUCGCUUGCUGCCUCUGGCCUUCACCUCCAAAGAAAAAACUCGAAAAAGUCCCAUCAGCCCUUGCUCUCGUUCCUGUCCUAUGACAGUCUUUGUGGAGUAACUGAUUGGUGGGUCGCAAGUAGAGGGAACGGUCAUGAGGAAGAAACAAAGCUAGAGGAAGAAGGGGGGGUUAAAAGAUUGAUCCAGAGAGAGAGAUUAAAAUAGUACAUCGUAACCAGGUUAUGCUCUCCCUCUCUGCCACGAACGCGAAGCGGUUGUGUUGUUGAAAGGGCAAAAAUCAACCACCGAACAGCAGCCUUUGGCUUAUCAUCUCAGGUCAUUCAGUCAUUUUGAAGUACGUGUAUGACCACGCAGGAUAAACAAUUACUUUUCACUCCGUUACACAAGGCGUGAUGUUUUUAUUGUUUUAUUAUUUUUUAGUUCAACGCUCUAUAUGGCGGCUGUAGGAAUGGGAAGUCAAAAUGUGAGUGAAUAUAAAUAACUUUACAAUAGAAACAUCAGCUGCUUAAUUUGCACUGAAAAGUGGCAUCCUUUACGAAAAAUAACCAUUGUUUUUAUUGUAGUAAGAGUAAUAACUGUUUUUUUUGCCGAUUGAUUACCAUUUGUAUAACUCCAGUUUUACUACAAACACCAUGGUUAAACUGUAGUUACUAUUUUUGGUUACCAUGGUUUAACUAGUAACAUGUUUUUCGUUUUUAUUCGUAGUAAAACUAUGGUUCAUUUUUCUAAGGGAUAGACAUUUGCUGACCAGCAUGAAUUGUAUAAAUAAAGAUGGCUACAGAGUAAAUUGGUUUGCCUUAAAGGGACAUUGAAAUUUAGCGGCAUCUAGUGCUGAGGUUAUGAAUUGCAACCAACGGCUCAGUCCACCCCUCCCUUUAGAAGCACAACGGUGGCUGACACAGGACAAAGAUGUCGUCACGUUUUCACUUCUUUGCUGAAAGAGAUAUUUACGAAUUUACGAAAUGCGCUCUGUAGAGCAGGUUGUCCGUUUAGGGCUACUUUAGAAAUACCAUGGCGAAUUCCAUGCAAGGGGACCUGCGGUGUAUGUAUAGAUAUAAAAAGAUAACAGCACCUUUAAGUCAAUUUUCAAUAAAAGCAAAAAAUACUAAACAAAGACUACAAAACAAACGCUAUCACUUACUCUGUCACAAACUCAGAUGAACAUACCUUUCUUUAUCAUCUGGUGACGACGCUGUCUUCAGUUUAAGUACUCAUAAUCUUCAUUUGAGUAAUCAUUCAAUUAGUAUACUUGUGGUAGUGUGCACUCCCUGUCAUAUGAAGGGGGCUUUGAUUGGGAUCGGUUCUGUACGGUCUCCCUUUUAUAGACAAUCAUGUUGUGACCCAAACCAAACUGGAACCGUCGACUGAGGCAGAGCCUCUACGACGGGGUUUGCCGCUUUCAUUAGGGUACAUUUCGGCAUUAGCGAUACAUGACUAAAGCUUCAGGUCUCUCUUACAGCACCCAGCCCUGCACAAAGAAUAUACCAAAGUAACUGAAACAAACACACACACACACACACACACACACAUGCAAAUGCAUGCAUGCAUAUUCCCAGAUGAGGGCUGAGCGCUACAAGGGAACAAAGCUUUUGUAGGAACACAUGCAUGACAAGAGAUUUCAUUCAAAUAUGACUAAAAUUGAUGCUUGUUUUAUAAUGUAGGUCUAUACAUUUACAUUGAGUUAUUUUUUUUAUAAUUCAUACUGAAUGAAUGAACGAAUGACAUUGCAUUGUGUAAUAAUGACUGACACGAACUCUGAGCUGAUUUGCUGAUGCAGCUGCCUUAUUAGAUUUCCUAAACUGUGAUGAAAGAGGGCCUAGCACCCGUCGAAUUUCCAUUCCACACAUUUGCACUUAGCAUCUUUUGUCUUGAUUGUCAAUUUUGUGCAGAAUCUCUCAUUUUCUGGGGUGUUUUCCGUGUGUGUGUCUAUAAGGGGCGGGGCUUUCUGGAGCACCGUUGCUCCAAGCACGGAAUGUAGGGUACAACCCCACCCCCAAAAAUCCCAAACCCUAAAACCACAAGGUGCCCCGCCACUCAUAAACACAUCCGGGCGCCUCAAAGGGCUGUCGACCCAGGCAACGCAAGGCUGGGCGUUAUACUGUACAGAGAGAGAUGAAUGCAUGAUAAGAGAGGGAGAGAUUGAACGAGAGAACUGCCACCGAUGUCGCCAGACUCUUCAAAAUGGGACGUGAGCGAAUCGGGAGGGUGAAAGCCAAACGCAAAUGUAGCGAAAGAACACAUGCUGGUUGGGUUUCCUCCUCAAGACUGAAUGGGUGCGUUCUUUCCUAGUAUUGAUUUGCAUGAGUUUUUGUGUUUGUGUCGUUUUUCUUUAUUUAAUGUCUGAAGUAUGCAGUCGUGAGCUCUUAAUAAGAGACAAGGAGCAUGCCACAAGCUCACCUUUCAAAGGUGCACUUUUAUCCCCGAUCCCUGCUCUCUGCCUGGGGCCCUGAAUGUAUCGAGUCCUUUGGAAGUGCUGUACAGUAUUGUCAAUGUGGCCCCAUAUCACCUUUACUCAGAAUCUGAGCUCACACCAGUGUAUCCUGCCAUACCUGCCUUCCCUUGCACCCUUUCCCUAUGGAUAUAUGUUCUAUGCUGUAGAUAUUUGCUGUUUUUAGGGCAGAAAAAUCAAAUAGGUCUCUACCACUAGCCUUGUCGUGUGGAACAUCAUAAAUUCAAUUCUCUAUUCCUUUUUUUCUAUAUAAAUGUAGCUCUUAUUUAACCUGGUGUUGCAUCUAUUAUUGUGAGGAUUCAAUGAGUAUUAUUAAUCAUAUGAUUGCAGUUAUUUCAAAUAGCCAUUGUUUUAUAUUGAGCAAUAAGUUCUUUGUGUUUUUUUUAAGGGAGGCUGGUUGUUACAAAUGCGUAUACAGAAAUAGGAUUCACUUAACCUGCUCUGCCAUAAUAAAGAAAAUACAACUAAUGUGUUAAAACUGUGUAACAUGUACAUCUAUAUAGCCUUCAAGCUGUUACUGUCUGUGUACUAAAAAAAGCUGAACGUGCAUCAAAUAAAGCGGAUGUGUAAAAGAA